UUUAAAUAUCCCUAGGUUGGACACUCAACAUAAGGCUUUUAAUUCUUGGUCAUUUAAAUCCAAGGUAGUCAUUGACGUCACAAAGUAAAUGAAAUACUGACACAGUUCUAAUGUAAUGUUCACAUGCGUUUGGGAAAUCCCAGCUAUUGGCACCACGAUCGGACGGGUGGCAUUCACAGCCUUGACCAACUGAGAUUUCUGUGGGACCUUUCUCAAGAAACACAACAAUGGACCCAGCAGAACGUCAGGCUCUACAUAAUGUUAAGGAGGAACUCCAGAAUUGUGCCGUUAUCACAGACAAGAUGCUGGUUCACUUCUUACAGAACCAGAAAAUCACAAAGGCUGAAAAAUAUGAACUCUCAAGGCUUGGUGCCAACUGUCAGAGAGUAAAGAGAAUACUGCAGAUCAUGAAGAACCGAAAGGAGUCUCUGAAAACUCUAACAGAAGCACUUCUUCUUGAUGUGAAAAAUGACUACAUUGUUCAGAAACUUCGGAAGAAAGUUCGAUUCUGUCGAAAACGCCUCCAAGCUCAGGAAAACCAGACAUCCUCAUACUUUGGGCAGCUAGAUGAUGUGGCAGAUAUUCUUUACACACGUGGAUAUUUGACAAUAUAUGGAGAAUCUAAAAAAGUCACUGCAGGGACAAGCCAUCAAGCUCUGGUGGAGGACAUUAACAAAUUCGUUGGAGAUAUCACCAAAUGUCGCCAGAGUUUGGAGCCUUCAAGUGAGAGACAGAGUUUUCAAGAAAUCAUCGCCGAAUACAAAGAAAAGAAACACCAGGAAAUUGAAAACGCAAAACUUGUGUGUGCCAAACUUGUGAAAAGCAAAAACAGUGACCUAGAAGAUAAACAGAAGCAUAUCAAAGACUUACAAGAUGAACUUACGAAACUGAAAGUAGAGAAUGAAUCCAUGCGGAAGAAAAUGGGAAUAGAAAUCAAAACUAAGGUACAGGAGAAUGUGGACCGGCUUCUAAUGCUUCCUCGUCUGUCUCCCGCUGAUCCCGUACCUUACGUCGAAACAGAGGAGGAUAUUCUGGACAGGAAGUUACGGCAGCGUUCCUCGGUAAAACGCCCCGAGCCUCAGGAACAUGCUCUUUCCGACUCGGAGUCUGACUGCGAGUCUGACAGUGAUCUUCCUGUGUCAAAUAAAAUGACCACCUCCACGACCCAAAAAGGAUCAAAAAUCGUCCAUAACUACAAUAUCUAUAACAACCAUAUGUACAGUGACACAAAAAUUUAUCAAAAUUAGAUAAAACUUUGUAGUGAAUCGUAGAUAGAAAAUUGUUAUGUUUUGUUAAUGUUAUUAGAAUGUUUAACAAUUUGUUAAAUUUGUUACAAAUAAAUUUAUUAAAG